GCACCUGCCUUGUGAGCGAUGGAUGUAGUUUAUGAGGCCACUCUAAUGUCAGGGCAUUUCCUUUCUGAGAGUCCCAGUUCAUCCUUCCAGGGGGUCAGCUGUCUUCCUGGAGGGUCCCCUUUCCCAUAACAGUGUUCUUACCUUUUGUAGACCGUCAGAUGUACUGAUGAGUUGUUCACUACGUUCAUGAAGAGGUGUUUGUGAGUCACCAGGGAUUCAAUGUUCUGCAUCGUCCUAAAUAAAGCCUUAGACUGUAUCUGCUUUUGGAGCCAGCACUGUGAGAUCCAUGGGGAACGGAGUCAACUAAGAUAACUUUUAAGUUUCCUGUGCAUGGACCUGCAGUGUUCACAGGAUGGCUGCUCUUUUGCUAAAGAGGUUAACAUUACAAACUAUAAAAACGGAAAAUACUUGCAUUAGAAGACGUUUGGGUAAAUACGUCGUACAGAAGACGGCGCUGGCGGAACCAUCCCACAUUGCCUCUGCCCCAAGACCGUCCUGCCUCAUUCACGCAGAAGCUUUUAGUACUGAAGACACCCAGGACAAGAGAGAAAAGAAAAAAAAGAAUGAAACAGCUUUUCGUAACGUUGGAAGAAAAAUUAACGAGCGCAUCAUUCAGGUGCUGGACGAGAAGGGCAACGACCUGGGCCCCAUGCACCGAGCGAACGUGAUCAGGCUCAUGGCCGAGCAGGACCUGCGGCUGGUGCCGAGGGACCCCGGCGCCCAGCCCCCGCAGUACCAGCUCAUGACGGGCACGCAGAUCUACCAGGAGCGGCUCCGGCUCAGAGGGAUGGAGAGGGCCGAGCCCAAGCCUGGACCCACCCUGACAAAGGAACUGACUUUUUCUUCAAAUAUUGGACAACAUGAUUUGGACACAAAGAGUAAACAGAUUCAGCAGUGGAUCGAGAAAAAGUACAAAGUUCAAAUUACAAUAAAGAAAGGGAAGACUACAGAAGAGCCAGAAAACAAAAUGGAGGAGAUAUGUAAUCAAAUACUGCAGACUAUGCCUGGAAUAGCUACCUUCUCAUCCAGGCCACAGCCCAUCAGACGGGGCAAGGCUGUGAUGUGUGUGCUUCGUCCCUUGAGCCAAAAGGAAGACAAUGCUUGCAGAUCAGCUCUGGGGACCCAGAGGGGAGACGCUCUGAACAGAGGAGAUGGAAACGACGGAGCAUCCAAUGCUCUGCACCAGUGAUUUUAAUAAAAACGUGCUUCUGAGAGAAAAUAA